AUGCUGCAAGUAUUAUCCGAUGGUCUGCUGAUUGUUCUUCUAUACACAACCACAGUGUCUGGCGAGUCCUGCCCAAACGGAUGGACGAGAUAUGAAACAUCCUGCUACUUCUUUGUGGAUAUACAAGAAGCAUGGCAAGACGCAUCUUCACAUUGCGAGGCAUUCGAUGCCCAGCUAGCAGCCAUUGAAACAGAAAGGGAAGAUAAUUUCAUCAGGAACCACUUGCUUAUUCUGCAUGCUCAUGACUCAACAGCUUCAGUGAGAUAUUGGCUGGACGGGACAGAUAUUGCCACAGAGACUGAGUGGACCUGGGCAUACUCCGAGGAACCAAUCAUUGGUUACACAAACUGGUGUCCAAACCAACCCGAUAACUACAACUCCGUUGAAGAUUGUCUUAGGCUAGCAAGAUUCUGUGGAUUCGGCUGGGAUGACGGAAAUUGUGAAGCAAAACAUUUCUUUAUCUGUGAAAGACAUGACAAGGAUUUCCCGUUUCCUGAUGUUGAACCUACCGAAAUAGGAAUCAUUGGAUGA